UCAUCUUGGCAUUCAAUCAAAAUUGCUAUUCUGCGGUCCUCUAUCCAAUUCAAUCCCAUUUCUUCACUCAAUUUUCCGUUCUCGAUUCCUAAACGCCAGAUUUUUAUUCCGUUCCAUCCUUAAUGGCAACUGAAGAUCCGGCCUCGGCUGUGGAGGCCAAUUCUGAACCGGUCACCACUGAGCCUGUCGUGGAACCACCUGCCACCAAGACCGGUAAGACCAAAAAGGCUAAGGAACCCAAAGCCAAAAAGGCUACUGCACCUAAGAAACGCAGUCCACCAUCUCAUCCUCCAUAUGAAGAGAUGAUUAAGGAUGCCAUUGUGACUUUAAAGGAAAAGACUGGUUCAAGUCAGUAUGCGAUUACUAAGUUCAUUGAAGAGAAGCAGAAGCAGCUACCUCCUAACUUCAAGAAGCUGUUGCUAUUCCAUCUGAAGAAGCUUGUAGCUGCUGGUAAGCUUGUGAAGGUGAAAGGAUCAUUCAAGCUCCCACCAGCAAGGUCAUCGGCACCAAAGCCUGCUUCUCCUGCUGCUGCUCCAGCCAAGGCUAAGAAGAAGCCUGCUGCCUCCAAGCCUAAGCCUAAGCCCAAGCCCAAGGCCAAGGCCAAGGCCAAGGCCAAGGCUACUGCCAAGCCAAAGGAAACCAAGUCGACGAAGGCGGCUACCGCUGCUCCAGCUAAGACGAAGGCAGCUGCUAAGCCUAAGGCGAACCCUAAGCCGAAGGCUGCUGCCAAGCCGAAGGCUGCUGCCAAACCAAAGGCCGCGCCUGCUAAGGCUAAGGCUCCUGCCAAGCCUAAGGCUGCGCCUGCUAAGUCUAAGCCUGCUGCAAAGCCUAAGGCUGCUACGGCUAGACCAAAAGCUAAGGAGAGACCGGCUAAGGCGGCCAGAACAUCGACAAGGACUAAUCCAGGGAAGAAGCCUGCGGCUUCCAAGGCGGCGCCGAAAAAGGCUCCUGUUGCAAAGAAGACGCCUGCUAAAAGCGUGAAACCGAAGAGCGUAAAGUCGCCGGCGAAGAGGGCUUCAGCUAGGAAGGCAAGGAAGUGAUUGUGACAGAGAGGCAUACCAUAGGCUGUAGCGUUUGUAGGAUAGUUUUGUAAAUUCGGUUGCUUGGAGGUGUAUUUGGGUCCAUGUGUGGCAGUUGGACAAAAUAGAAGACAUCGGAUUUUUUGUUUUUAUUUCUCGAGUUUCAAACAAUGUAAGUUGUAUGAUCAGUUGACCUAUUUAUGAUAUAAAUCUUUCUUACGAA